CAGUAGUGCAGCGGUAUCAGUCGCGAAAUCAUGGCCGCGCCGAUACCACACCACAACAGUGAUAACGUACCCUUGACGUACGGCGAACGUGAUCUCCACUAUUAAUAUAACUAGUCUGCUGAUGUUUCAUAAAUACACAAACAACUAGGUUAUUUGACUCAAGUGAAAAUGGGUGUGCCAAUGAUAAAAAAAUGCUGUUAUUGUGCGACUUUACAUAUGGGAACACUGAUCAUUGGAUAUGUUUAUUCCGCAUGGGCCCUGAUAGAGCUAGCUAUCUACUGCCUGCUGGUGACGCUGGCGCCGCUCGGCACGGACGGGAAAGUGUCCACGCACAAGUUCAUCCUCUACACCACCGCGGCUGUGGUCAGCGGACUGCAUCUCAUAUGCUCUCUGCUACUGGUGGUGGCGGCCUAUAAGAAACUGGCAUCCCUGACGCUGCCGUGGACGAUAGUGACGGGCAUCAUCACGGCCAUCUUCUUCCUGCUGUCCUUCACCGGCGUCAGCCUCGUGUUGCAGGACGAGGGCGAGAUGCUGGAGGUCGAAAUCAUCAUCAUAUCCAUACACCUCGCUAGAGCUUGCAUAUCAGUAUACUGCAUAAUAGUGGUCCACAGUCGGCACAAAGAGAUCAUGAACGAAGAAAACGAAAGAAUAUUCCAACAUUCUGGCAGACUUUACCAGCCUGUCAAAACUGAUGACCAUGCUCUAUGAAGAAAAUGUAUGACGAAUAAACUUCGGGACAACCCAGUUUUUACGUUACAGGGUUUUCUACCCUAAGAAUAUAAUGGACGCUUUAUACCUACUAAGGGAGUCACAGGUUGUAUCUAAAUAGAAAAAUAUAUUAGGUUUAAAAGUCCUACCUACUUACUUACCCUUCGUCGUGCUGGUAAAUUGUCAUUCAAUUAUUUAUUACUACAGGGAAUUUCUUUCCUGAAGAUCUAGUCGAAAAGAAGCUUCUCAAGUUGAUGCAAGAAGUUCAGAUUACCUAGAUACCCAUUUAAGUGCUUAAACUUUUUAGUUUACUUUAAGAAAAUUGUACUUUCACAUCUUUAGGGUUCGUGGUUCAGGGGCACCGGGCUAUCGUUUUUUCCGGAAAUUUAUUGAUAAAUGGAGUAACUUUACGGAUAAGUACAAUGAGUUAAAUCAAGAUGUGUUUAUUGAUUUGAUUAUUUCCUGUGGGAACGCAAACCCUUCGUAACGUAAGGCGUUACGCGCCUGACUCUUUUUUUUGUAGUCUAGUUACUACAUCUGUCGACUGUCGAGUGCUGAGAAUAAAAAAAUAAAAAA